CACAUACGGCCUUUCACUUAGUUCAGCGCUUAUUUCGGAUAUAAAUUAUUUUAUCCAUAUCCUCCCGUUACAAAGUACCAUUUUUAAACCUUGGACUUCAACAAACCUCCCGCUCUCUGUCAUUUUGUUCUUCCUCUGCGUUCAAGACGACACUGCAUAGCAUUUCCGACAGACCGUGAAGGCAUCAGCAGGGCUGGAUUUGACACUUCUAGCUUUGCCUCAAGCUAAUGUUCAGCAUGUCUGAGAAGGAGCUGGGGAAAAAGUGGGAUCGAUGCCUGGCAGACGGUGCCAUUAAAUUCGGCACUGGGCUCGGGUUAGGAAUCGUGUUUUCUGUUCUGUUCUUCAAACGGCACACAUGGCCGAUUUCAUUCGGCUCAGGAGCGGGACUUGGCAUGGCUUAUGCCAACUGUCAGAAUGACCUGAGGUCACAUUAUAUGCUGCACAGAGGCGUAAAGGAACAAUAACUACAAGUCAUCGAGGGACUGUCUUUUUAAUUUUUGGGAUAUUUUUGUUUUGUUUUGUCUGUAGGAGAGUCACUAUUUGCACUGCUCUGCAGUUAGAUUUUUUGUCUCUUUGUUGGACGAUCCUUCCCUUGUAUGACUCUGUAUGAUUUGUAUGUGCCUAAUCAGGACAGUCUGUGUUUAUUUAAUAAAAUCAUCAUAACAACAAAAAAAUUA